AUGGUCGAGAAGGAGUCCCACGAUGAAGAAACACGCUUGAGGGGAAGUCGUCUUGAUGGGGCACCAAAGCAUGAUUCAUUUUUUAAUAAGGAUGGGUUACUAUUAAGAAACUACGGAUGGUUAGUAAAAAACGCCAUAGGCAUCAUAGUACUGAUUCAUGGAAUUAGAACUCACGCGAGACUGCAAUUUUUAAGACCCAAUGUAGAGGUAGUAAGCGACGAUAACGUUAUAUUGAAGGAUGAAAAUAAUUACUACGUCUAUGAAGAUAGCUGGGAAUAUUUCCAUAAAACCGAUUUUGGCACAUCUGUCACAAACAGCAACGUUCAGAAGAAUGGAAAAUAG